UUCCCAGGCGGCUGCCGAAGAUGGCGGAGGGGCAGGUCCUGGUGCUCGAUGGCCGAGGCCAUCUCCUGGGCCGCCUGGCGGCCAUCGUGGCUAAACAGGUGCUUCUGGGCCGGAAGGUUGUCGUUGUGCGCUGUGAGGGCAUCAACAUUUCUGGCAAUUUCUACAGAAACAAGUGCCCUUGGGAGUAUGGAUGUGUGUGUUGAAGAAGUUAGCAUGUGGCUGGGGGCUGAGGCCUCGCACGCUCUCUCUCCCCAGUGAAGUACCUGGCCUUCCUCCGCAAACGCAUGAACACCAACCCGUCCCGCGGCCCCUACCACUUCCGAGCCCCCAGCCGCAUCUUCUGGCGGACAGUGCGAGGCAUGCUGCCACACAAGACCAAGCGAGGCCAGGCUGCCCUGGACCGCCUCAAGGUGUUCGAUGGGAUCCCGCCGCCCUACGACAAGAAAAAGCGGAUGGUGGUUCCUGCUGCCCUCAAGGUGGUGCGCCUGAAGCCUACGCGGAAGUUUGCUUACCUGGGGCGCUUGGCUCACGAGGUUGGCUGGAAGUACCAGGCAGUAACAGCCACCCUGGAGGAGAAGAGAAAGGAGAAGGCCAAGAUCCAUUAUCGGAAGAAGAAGCAGCUCAUGAGGCUACGGAAACAGGCCGAAAAGAAUGUGGAGAAGAAAAUUGACAAAUACACAGAGGUCCUCAAGACCCAUGGACUCCUGGUCUGAGCCCAAUAAAAUUGACUGUUUGUUCCUCA